UCCUUUUUUGACUUUGCCAAUGUUGUAGCUAGCAAUGACUCUGAAAAUCAUGGCAGGACCUACUCUUGAUCAAACCACGCCACAAGGGAGAAUCCACGGAGAAUCUAUAGAGUAAAGAACACGCAUUAAAGGGCGAAAAUCAGACAAGGAAAUAAAGAUUCGAGAUCCUUCAGAAUUUUCCUUUAAUUACACAGAAGAAGUAGAUUUCAGUAAAUUUGAAAUAAUGAAAACUAGCCAGUCUUUAGAUAUCAAUUUUGACGAAUUUAAAUACAACAUUUUGGAUAUGUUGCAGCAGUAUGACAGAAAAGAAAUGUUUUUGAAAUGCUUAGUCUCAGCUGACAUAUGUACAUUGGUUUUUUAUGGCAAAUCUAAAAUUAAAUCAAUUGUGUACUUGACUGUAGACCUACAUAUGACAAAUCAAAAAGAAAUAUAUGAAGAGUUGAUUGUUGCUCUUAAUAAUCUUCAAGAAUCAAAUGAUAGGCUGAAAAAGCAAGUAACAAAUCUGAAGAAGUCUACAAGUGAGAAGGAUAGACAAAUCCAAGCAAUGAAUUCUGAAAUAUCUCAACUGAAUGAUCAUUUCUACACUAGUUUUAAGCAAAUUGAAGGCGCAUUCAACUCUAAUCUGGAAAACAUUACAAAAAACACUCGAUGUAAAGUAGAUGCAUCCGAACAGAAACUCACGAGAUUAUUGUCAUCGGUGAAUCUCGUUAAGAAGGAAACAGUUUUGAAAGCAGAAUCGAGCAACAGUCUAAUGAAAUUAGUGGAAAACUUGCGAAUGGAAAACUCGGGUCAAGCCAGCGCGAUAAACGAAUUGAAACAUGAGAAUGGAGAACUGAGGCAUGCGAAAUAUAAUUUGGAGAAAAAUGCGGAGGAUUUAAGACGAAUGAUGGAUCAGAAAAAAUGUGCUAAUAUGGAAUUACAACGAAAAAAUGACGAAUUUAGAUCAGAUUUAGAGAAAGCAUCUGUUGUGAUUGCACAAAAAAAGUCCUCAAUAGAAGAACUGAAAAAGGACUUGGUGCAGGCGAAUCAGUUGCUGGUUAAUUAUAACAAACAUUGUGAUAGUUUAUCAAAACAGUUAGAAGAACAAACAUUAUCUUUGAAUGAAAAAGACAGGGUAAUAAAUGACUUGGUGAACGAGUACGAACAAUACAAACUGGUGUAUAAUGAAGAUAAACAUGAAAAACUGAAUGCAGAUUUAAUGGUCGCUAAUAGAACAAUUGAUGAACUGGAGCAAAAGCUUAGAAAGGCAAAUAAAAUAAACAUGUUACUCACGGAAAAAGUAAAAAGCAACGCCAAUCCGUUCAAUUGACUGGCACUGCUAGCAGUAUUACCAGAGUAUUACUUUUUUAACAAUUCUAUUGUACUUUUAGGUUAUUACGGAGUACGUGAUUUAUGUUCACCAUUUAUAAUGCAUUUAGGGCUUAAUAUAUAUUUUUAAUAAUAA